GUAGAUUCCUUGCUGGCCUUGUUCCAUGAAAAUGGACAAGGGCAAACUGAGACACUCGUAUUCAUUGGUACCACUGGCCUAGGCAUGGCGAGACUACUAAGACUGAAUUUUAGGGGCUUCCUGGCCACGCAGAUCAGGAUGUCAUCCGACCAGCUGGGCGAGCUGGGUAAAGGAGCUGGAAAGGGCGGAGGGGGCGGGGGAUCUGUGAGAGAGGCGGGCGGAGCCUUUGGAAAGAAGCAGGCAGCCGAGGAGGAGCGCUACUUCAGGAUGAAGGAGCAGGAGCAGUUGGCUGCCCUCAAGCAGCACCACCAGGAGGAGAUCGACCACCACAAGAAGGAGAUCGAGCGAAUGCAGAGAGAGAUCGACAGGCACGUGGGAAAGAUCCGGAAGCUCAAGCACGAUGACUGACAUCGCUAGGCAGAUACCCCAUUCCUCCCACCCCCUGCCCAACCCCCCUUCUCCACCCUCUGCACGACCACAAAAAAAGAUGUCUGACAAAUCAAAUCUGAGAUUCCAAAGCCGGACCUGACUCGGUGAAACCUGCACAGUUUUCAUUGUUACUCGUCUCAUGUGUGAUUUGUGACUGUACACACUCGAGUCAGACAAUAAAAUACACCUGUUAUUUUCCAAAAA